GGUAACCACAAAUAGACAGGGUGUUGAAAUAGACAGGGUAUCUAUUUCAACACCUCUGACAACUUUUUUUAUGUUAUGAUCUUGAUAAACGCAGCACCACCCCACUGUGGUGUUAAUCGCAGAGGAAUAUCUUGCCAUCAUGAAGGUUGCUCAGAUCUUCCUGCUCUGCGUCCUGGGAGCCGUUCUGGUGUCCACAGUCCUCUGCAACAGUCCAACUGGUCCUGAUGACUGCUGCAUUGACUUAUACUCAAAACCUAUAAACAAAAGGCUCAUCACUUCAUAUUACAUGACUGAUCCCCGCUGCCCUCUGGGUGCAGCUAUUUUAAUAACAAAAAACUCACGCCGCAUCUGUGUGGAUCCAAAGCAACUCUGGGUGGAGAAGAUUAUAAAUUUUCUGGAGUAUAAGUCCCUUUAAAGGAGCUGCCUACUGCUGCCUAAUGUCGUUUCUUGUAAAAGCUUUGUACAACAACUAUCCUACAGUAGUGAUUGUAACCUGUAGGAUAUUCUGGUUUUUUUUUUUUUGUGGUUUUAUUGCAGUUUUGCCUAAGAUGUAAAAUUAUAACAGCAAUUUCUUUUGCAUGUAUGUUUUUUGUAUUUGCUCACAAAUAAAUCUAACUUUUAUCUAAUGAUUCUAUGUUUUUAAUAUUACAAAUUAAGCUUUAAGUAAGUUUAACAGCAACAAUAACCUAUAUGUUUUAUAUGUUGUUAGGUUGAAUGUAUAUACAUUAAUGUUCAUUAUUAUCACUCACAUGUAUUUCUUCUAUAUUCUAAAAGGUCAGAUCUGCACUCAGUUGUUAUCUUGGUCUAUGUGCAGCUGGUUUCGCAACACCCGAAAGCAGAACCAGCUGUUCCUCUUUCCACUCUCUGAACUCUGCCUGACAUGUCUAGCACCCCUAUUUGUAACCUGAUAUGUCUGUUUACUUUGCUGUAUAAAAUAAACUCUGUCGGUAAUCACACCUCUGUAGUCCACUGCAGAUCAGUGAUUACCCUCGGUGCGAGUA